AUGACCACCACAUUUGACCGACUACCGCCAACACCAACACGGAUCGUUUUAUCCCGAGCGAUGGAAGAAUCCUCUGAAGUGGAAAGAAUGGAGGAUAAAAAACUUCGACAUAUGAGCAAAGAUGACCAAGCCUUGGCCAAACUGGGUUAUAAAUCUGAAUUCAAGCGCGAGUUUGGAUACUUUGGAACGUUGUCUUUUGCGUUUUCAGUCGUCGGUUUGAGCUCCUGUGUCGCAAGCACCUUCAACACGCCCUUUCUGUCAGCCGGGCCGGCUGCAGUGGUAUGGUGUUGGUUGAUUGGGUCGGUGAUGUGUAUGACUAUCGCAGCCUCGGUCUCCGAGCUGGUAUCUGCAUUCCCAACUUCCGGGGGACUCUAUAGUGCCUCAGCCUUUCUAGUCCCGAAAAGAUUCAAAGCCCCUGUUGGCUUUCUAGUAGGUUGGUUGAGUAUCUUGGGACAGAUCGCCGCCGUGGCUAGUGCUGAGUUCGCCUUGAGUCAAAUGAUUUGGUCGGCUUACUCAAUCUCACAAAAUGGGAAUUAUUCGCCCUCAAAAACAGAAAUCGUUGGAGUCUUUGGAAUAUUACUGAUAAUUCAUGGCUUAAUGAACUCGGUGGCCACCAGCAUCAUGGCCAAAUUGACACGAACAUUCAUCUUUUUUAACUUUGGCGGAACGUUUACGAUAAUCCUAGCUCUUUGUCUGAGUGGACCACCCAAACAAAGUUUUGACUAUGUCUUCACCAAGAUUGUCAACCGGACUGGUUGGGACUCAACACCUCUGGCUUUCAUGAUGGGGAUCCUGAGCUCUGAAUGGACGCUGAGUGAUUACGAUGCAACAGCACACAUUUCCGAAGAAAUCAAAAACCCAGCAGUCGCAGCACCUCUAGCCAUCAUGACAGCCAUCAGCGUCACCGGUGUCUUAGGCUGGUUUCUGAAUUUAGUCUUGGUAUUAUAUUCACCAGACUUGGCAUUUUCGCAAACUACACCAUCAAACCAAUUUAACGAUGUCGGAUCUCUGACAAAUACUACGGACAUGACCAGCGCAUUCACAAACACCACCUCUAACUCCACUUCGAGCCCAACAACAUCUUCAUCAUCAUCAUCAUCAACCUCGUCUUCAUCGGAUUUCUUACUGGUCGCCACGAUCCUGUCUCAAAAUCUGAGUUCGGGGAUGUUCUACUUCUGUUGGACGUUAAUCUGUAUCAAUGCAUUUUUCCAAGUAAAUGUAGUCCUACAAGCUUGUUCGAGGACGCUAUUCGCCUUUAGUAGAGAUGGUGGCCUUCCCGAUCGGCAUUUCUUUGGCCAAUUAUCCGAGCGGACUAAAAUUCCAUUCCGAGCGGUUUGGCUGAUCAUUCUGGUCUCUCUCUUUUUCGGCUCACUUGACUUCGUCUCCACCGUCGCUGUCAACGCCGUCUUUAGUAUAUGCACAAUCGCCCUGGAUUCUUCGUACGCGAUCCCGAUAGCAAUGAAGAUGAUCUUCAAGAAUCAUCCAGAUGUAAAUUACAAACCUGGUCCAUUUACUCUAGGAAAUGGGAUAAUCAUGUGGACAAUCAACUCGAUCUCGGUAUUAUGGGUCAUUUUCAUCUCAAUAAUCCUAGCUUUCCCCAUGGUCCAACCGGUGACGACAGAGAACAUGAACUAUUCCUCCAUCAUAACCGUCACUGUGAUCGUCUUUGCCAGCACGUGGUACUACCUCCAUGCCUUCAAAUGGUACAAAGGCCCUAAAUCAAACCUCUGA